UAUUUCAAACUACAAUCUAAAGCUAUUUUCUAUAAUCAUAUAUGUGCUGCUGGAGUUUUAGGGUUGAGAGAUUCGGCUCGGAUCCUAAAUCGAGUUUCUAUUAUCGAGGGCGUGGCGCGGAGAGAUGGAGAGCGAGAGUGAGAAAGAGAGCUGCAAGCCCCGCCCCUGUGUGAGAUCUCACUGCUGAUUGGCUGAGAGCAGAGUCAUGUCAUCAGUCUAUGAUCGCGAGCUGCUCUCGGACGCAACAGUGCUGCGCGCGUUCGUGAGAGUCUCGACUGAAGAUGACGCGUGAACGCGGAGCUGCGAGCAAAGCCAAACUCACUCAUCCUGGAAAAGCCAUCCUGGCAGGCGGCAUCGCAGGUGGCAUUGAAAUCUGCAUCACGUUUCCGACAGAGUAUGUGAAGACACAACUACAGUUAGAUGAGAGAGCCAAUCCACCCCGAUACAGAGGCAUCACGGACUGUGUGUCCCAGACGGUCCGCCAUCAUGGAGCGAAGGGUUUAUAUCGAGGCCUGAGCUCCUUACUGUACGGAUCCAUCCCAAAAUCUGCAGUCAGGUUCGGUGUGUUUGAAAUCCUGAGUAACCAGAUGAAGGAUGAGUUUGGGAAGCUGGACAGCACUCGUGGUUUAGUGUGUGGUUUGGGUGCGGGAGUGAUGGAGGCAGUCCUCAUCGUCUGUCCCAUGGAGACCAUAAAGGUGAAAUUCAUCCACGAUCAAGCCUCCACUAAUCCCAAAUACCACGGGUUUUUCCACGGCGUGCGAGAGAUCGUCAGAACUCAAGGAAUCAGAGGGACGUAUCAAGGCCUCACAGCGACUGUCCUCAAACAAGGAUCCAAUCAGGCGAUCCGAUUCUUCGUCAUGACCUCUCUCAGGAACUGGUACAAGGGUGAUGACCCCAGUAAACCCAUUAACCCCUUCAUCACGGGUGCGUUCGGUGCGCUGGCUGGAGCGGCGAGUGUGUUUGGAAACACUCCGCUGGACGUCAUCAAGACCAGGAUGCAGGGUUUGGAAGCUCAUAAGUAUAAAAAUACUAUGGACUGUGCCAUGAAGAUCAUGCGGCAUGAAGGACUAGCAGCGUUCUAUAAAGGCACCGUCCCUCGCCUAGGCAGAGUGUGUCUGGACGUGGCCAUCGUCUUCAUCAUCUACGAGGAGGUCGUGAAGCUCCUGAACAGAGUCUGGAAGACCGACUGAGGGAUGAAGAGGAUGAAGAGGAGGAUCACUGUGAGGAACCUCGGCUGUUUCAGUUCUUUCCAUUCGUUCUGCCUUGAAACAUGUACAUGAUAUUUAAAAAAAUAAUAUUUUUAUUUCACACAGACGCGUCUGAAAUACUCUCACACUGUAGACACGUUAACUUGUGACAGUAAAUGAUCUAGAGAAAAGUGUAACAGUAAAUGUAUUUAAUGUUAGUGUGAAUGUUUUAACCACAGAAACCUUUACAUAUCAGGAGGGUAUAUUCAUAUUAAUAAAUAUAUUUCAAUUUAAAGAUAAUUUUAACUACAGAUCAUUCCAUAAUACUGUAUGAUUUUUUUUAAUGUCACACAUUUAACAGAUUUUGUUUAUUAGUAGAUGCUUUAACUCUUAGAUUAUAACAACUAUAAAGAGAAAACCAACACACACACUAUAUCUCUCUCACUCACACACAAUCACACACAACUCUCUCUCUCUCUCACACACACACACACUUACGUUUACAGACAGUAAAUGAUCUAGAGAAAAGUGUAACAGUAAAUGAAUUUAAUGUUAGUGUGAAUGUUUUAACCACAGAAACCUUUACGUAUCGGGAGGGUAUAUAUACAUAUUAAUAAAUAUAUUUCAAUUUAAAGUUAAAUUUAACUACAGAUCAUUCCAUAAUACUGUAUGAUUUUUUUUUAACAAAAAUAUGAUUAAAUAUUUUAUCUGACAUUUCUACUUAAAAUAUUUUUACAUAUGUAAAACCAUUUUUUUAUUCAUUGUUUUUAGUGUAUUUUAUAUUUAUUUCCAUGUUGUUUUGCACAUGUGCCUUUAUUAACCAUUAAACUCUGGUUUAUUUUUUUUCUGAAAAACAGACAUUUUUAAUAAUUCUUUUGUCGGUUUUUAAGCAUCCGUGCGCUGAUCUCAGACCUGCUGUAUCUGUCCAUGUGCAAUAUCAGAUGUAUUAGAUAUGUAACUGGAAGAAUAUGGAUUCAGUGAAUGUACAGUCGCUGCUGUCGUGAUUUACACACAUGUACAGUAAAUAUAGAGCAGUUUCUCCACUGAGCGGAUCUGAAUAUGCAUUAUUUCCACUGUGAUGUUUAUUCUGUGUAAACCCUUCAGUUUUUGCAGCAUGAGUCUACAGCUCUGUGUGUCGGUAAAAUCGUGUCAAACAUUGUUAUUAUUGAUGAUUGAGUGUUGCUGCUGGCCACUAGAGGGCAGAAUCCCGCACGGAGAGAUGCUAAAUGUGGACGGAUGUUGAUCGUCUGUGUGUUUGUGUGUUAUUGGGCCCUUUAGAAAUGUUCAGUGGGUUUGUUGUGCCAUGUAAGUUCUUGCCUUUGUUUCUUAGUAGAUAUGGAGCGAAGGCUUCUUAAUACUGAAUGCUAAUGUGCUAAUAAAACGAUUUUAUUUUCACAGUUAAA